AUGGCUACAGGUCAAGAGUCUGUCACUUUAAAAUCGUUGCGUAAACAACGCUCAACUAUUAAAAGCCAAUUAACGCGUUUACGAACAUCUUUGGAUCAGAAUCAGGUGUUAGAGAUUCCGAUAUUAAAGGGACGAAAAGAGAAAUUAGAAGAGUGGUACAAUUCCUUCAAUCAAAUACAGAAUGCAAUAGAAUCAGAAGAUGAAAUUUCCGACCAUGAAGCAGUUAGGGAAUCUUUCGAGUCGCAGUAUUUUGAUAUUUCGGAUAUUAUUAAUACACGGUUACAUAGAUUAGAAGAGUUGGCUAAACCUGCAGGUAAUUCAUCAAGAAAUCGUGCGUUAGAGUCACCGGCAAAUGUUACGGUGAGCCAAAAAACAUCGUUGUUACCAAAAAUGGAGCUCCGUACAUUUGACGGUAAUCCACUUGAGUGGCCGAGCUUUCACGAUACUUUUAAAAGUUUGGUACAUGAUAAUGAUGAAUUACCUGCGACGCAAAAGUUCCAUUUGUUAAGAAAUUCUUUACGCGGAGAAUUGACUACAUUCAUGGAGAGUGUCACAGUAUCGGAAACGAAUUAUAUGGUAUCUUGGGACAUGCUGCAAAAACGAUGCAAUAAACCGCGACAACUAGUGCAAGCUUAUUUAAAAUCGCUAUUAGAGCUCGCGAAAAUCGAGAAAGACACUCCAGCUAAUCUACGCAUGUUAGCUGAGAAAGCGCAAAUGAACGUACAAGCGUUACGCGUUUUAAAGCAGCCCACGGAAUAUUGGGACGCGUUUUUAAUUUUCCUCGUAACUAGGAAAUUAGAUAAAGACACGCGCAGGGCCUGGGAUAGAACUUUGGAAAAUGAGGAAAUACCAAAAUUUGAGGAUUUAAUUAACUUCAUUCUAAAGCAGGCGAGGGGUGAUGAUGUAGAGGAUGAGCAGGAUAAUUCUAGACCGUUCAACCAUAUGAAGUCUCAGAAACGGGGACAAAGUUAUGUAUCUCGAAACAACAUGAGUUUGUGUUUCCUAUGCAACGAGACACAUGAAAUUUUAGUUUGUUCGGUGUUUAUUAGAAUGACACCCCGUGAACGAUCGGACGCGGCUAGAAAGGCGAAGCUUUGUCUCAAUUGUCUUCAACCGUCGCAUAAUGUACAAAACUGUAGAUCGAGAACUUGCAGAAAGUGCGGUCGUAAGCAUCACACGAUGCUUCAUUUUGCUGCUUCAAAACCGGAGAGUUUUGCGAACACACAGGCAAACCCUUCGGAUAAUAAACCGAUUUCAGAGCCUGUACGUAACACUUUGACCGUAGCGUAUGAUUCGGAGGUCUUACUUGGCACCGCGCAGGUAAAGUUUGUGGAUAGGUAUAAUAACGAACACCUUUGUCGCGUACUGUUGGAUGGAGGUUCGCAAACCCAUUUUAUUACGCAUCGUCUAGCGGAAAAACUGCAAUUGCCCAAACGCAAAAUAGAUUUAACUUUCGCGGGAUUAAAUCAAUUAAAUACGCGCGCGGAAUAUUCUGUAUCAGCGAUUAUCAAGUCAAGAUCAGGUGUAUUUAAAUCUGAGGUAACAUUUAUAGUUUUACCUUCGAUUACCGGUGUAUUGCCCUCUCGUCAGGUAGAUCGGUCAAAGCUGGCAAUACCGACUAACGUAUCGCUAGCAGAUCCCGAGUUCCAUAAGCCCGCGGAUGUUGAUGCUUUACUCGGAACUUCAUUAUUUUAUCGGUUACUUAGCGUUGGCCAAAUAAAAUUGUGUCAAGAUUCGGUUAUACUGCAGAAAACACAGUUAGGGUGGAUAGUGACGGGAGAAACCAACGUCACUCAAAACGCUCGUAAUCAGUCCGUUCGUUCGUGUCAUGUCACGACAAAUGUAGACAAGCAAUUGACGCGUUUUUGGGAAAUCGAAGAGUUGCCCAACAAAAAAUUUCUUUCCGCUGAGGAAACAGCAUGCGAGAUGAAUUUUGCCGCCACUACGAUUCGCGAUUCCGAUGGCAGAUACGUUGUAAGAUUACCGUUCAACGAAAAGAAAGGGUUAUUGGGCGAAUCGCGAAAUGCCGCGUUAAAGCGGUUCUUUUCAUUAGAACGGAAGUUACAGCAAAAUCCGGAGUUAUUUCGAGAGUAUUCAGUUUUUUUAAAAGAGUACGAAGAUCUCGGUCAUAUGAGCGAAACGCGUGACGAUCGUCCUACCGAAGGGUUCUAUCUUCCACAUCACGCGGUGAUCAAAGAGUCGAGCGCGACUACUAAGACACGGGUGGUCUUUGACGCGUCCGCGAAGAGUCCGACGUUUGAGAUACGCGGAAGAGUUCGGCAAAUAAGUUGA